GGCGAGAGACACAAGACCAAAACCCAACCAAACCCCCAUCUCCCUCCUCCCGGAACCCCAUCGCCGCCGCCGCCGCCGCCGAGCCGACCCGCGCCGAGGAUGGCAGCGGAGCAGCCGUCGUCGGAGGACGUGGAGGACGAGCUCCUCGCCCACCUCGACGCCAACGCCGAGAUCCCCGACUCGCGCUCCUUCGCAUCCUCCCUCGGCGUCCCGCACAGGGACGUCGAAGACGUGAUCAAGAGGCUCUGCGCCUUCCGGAUCGUCGGGAGCACGGACAUGACCAAGGAGGCGCUGGUGCUCACCGACGAGGCCAAGGGCUACGUCGCCAGGGGCUCCCCCGAGGUGCAGUUCGUCGCGGCCAUGCCUCCGAAGGGCGCCGCCUCCAAGGCCGCGCUCCAGGAGAUAUUGGGGGACGUGUUCGAUGUUGGAUUGAAGGCUGCUGCCAAGAAGCAGUGGAUUGGAUUCGACAAGGAAAACGAGGACCUCGUAACGAGAAGGGUUAAGGAUACCAAGGAUGAGUUGCAAGAGCAGCUUAAACGUCUGGAGAAUGGGGAGGUUUUUGAUGAUAAAGUAAUGGAGGGUUUGAAGAGAAGAAAGCUUAUAACAAAAGAAAAAUCUAUUUGGUAUUCACUGAAGAAGGGGCCUGAAUUUGUUGUAAAGAGAAAAACAUUGGCUACCGAUGUGACACGAGAUCAUCUGAAGAGUGGCGACUGGAAGGAUCUGGAAUUUAAAGAUUAUAACUAUGGAGCUCAAGGACAACCUAUUGCGAUAGGAUAUAGUCAACCGUUGUUAGAGGUCCUUGAGGCAAUCCAAAACAUUUUUGUCGAGAUGGGGUUCAGUGAGAUGCCAACAAACAUGUUUGUAGAGAGCAGCUUCUGGAAUUUCGAUGCACUGUUCCAGCCACAACAGCAUCCUGCUCGUGAUUCACACGAUACCUUUUUCCUCAAAGCCCCUGCUACAACACCACAAUUACCCGAUGACUAUCUUGAGAAAGUAAAGCAAGUCCAUCAGUCUGGUGGUUAUGGCUCCAAAGGAUAUGGUUAUGAUUGGAAGCGAGAUGAAGCAGAGAAAAACCUGCUUCGUACUCACACAACUGCAGUUUCCACAAGGAUGCUAUACAAGCUAGCACAGGAGAAUUCAUUUGCUCCUAAGAGAUACUAUUCUAUUGAUCGCGUUUUCCGGAAUGAAGCUGUGGACCGAACUCAUCUUGCAGAAUUCCACCAGAUAGAAGGUCUUAUUUGUGAUUAUGGUUUGACGCUUGGUGAUCUGAUAGGCGUAUUGGAGGAUUUCUUCUCCAGACUAGGCAUGUCAAAGCUGCGUUUUAAACCUGCCUACAACCCAUACACUGAACCAAGCAUGGAAAUUUUCGGCUACCACGAAGGUCUCAAGAAAUGGAUGGAAAUAGGCAACUCAGGCAUGUUCAGGCCUGAAGUGUUACUUCCCAUGGGACUGCCAGAGGGUGUUAAUGUUAUUGCAUGGGGCCUUUCACUUGAAAGGCCAACGAUGAUUCUCAAUGGCAUUAACAACAUUCGGAAGCUCUUUGGGCCAAAGGUCAACUUCAAGGUCAUCAAGAACAGACCGAUGUGCCGCCUGGGCUGUAGUAAAGUGGACAGAAGUUCAGCUGGAGGUGACAUGUCAUGUUUGAGUUGAUCAGCCGCUCGAUGCGAAGGAUGUUUCCUACGAACGGUGGCCAAAAAUUUACAAGGGUUCACUGUGGCAUUCGACUUCUGGCCUAGUGGACAAACAAACAACGACGAUAACAGGAGUUUUCCUCGGUGGCCAUUCAGGGUGCAAGUGGUAUAUAGGGCUCUGGAUGGCACCAUUGUACACAUGCCAUAAGAAGCAUCUGCAAAACUAUUUGGCACAUCCUAGUCCAGUAGAGAGUAUAACUAACCUUUCACCUCUUGUACAUGCAAAUACACAUACAGCCGACAACAGCCAGCAAGUUAGCUAGUCCAAUUUAACUGUUGACCGGUCCAUGAUACAACA